AUGUCUGCAUCUGAAGUAGCCCAAUUCUUGGAGAAUAUCAUCGUCACACCGGACCCCACGGUUCGUCUCCAGGCAGAAACGACUUUGAAGAAGCUUUCCAAUGAUAAUUUCUUGCAAUUUGCCGGACUUUUGUCUCAGAUUUUGGCCGAUUCGUCGGUUCGUCUUGAAGCAAGGAUCCUUGCUGGUCUUACAUUGAAGAAUGAGUUGAUUUCGAAAAAUCCUACCAAGGCCCAGCAGUUUGCCCAACGUUGGUCUACGCAGAUAGAUCCGGAUUCUAGACACCAUAUCAAGCAGUUUACCUUACAGGCGUUGGUAGACCCUGAGACGCGUGUGGCUAAUGCUGCUGCGCAGCUUAUUGCAGCUAUAGCUGAGAUUGAGUUGCCGUUGAACCAAUGGCCAGAGUUGAUGAAGAUCAUGGUGGACAAUACGGCCCAGGACCAGCCAGAAAACGUGAAAAGAGCCUCCCUCUUGGCCCUAGGUUACAUUUGCGAAAGUGCAAACCAAAGUGACGAGACUUUGAUUAACCAGUCGAACAAUAUCCUUAUUGCCAUCGUGCAAGGUGCACAGUCAAACGAACCUUCCAAGGUGGUCAGACUAACCGCUUUGAAUGCAUUGGCAGACUCCUUGGCCUUCAUCAAGAACAAUAUGGAACGUGAGGGUGAGAGAAAUUACUUGAUGCAAGUUGUUUGCGAAGCAACACAGGCACAGGACGAAGAUAUCCAGGCAGCCGCAUUUGGGUGUCUCUGUAAGAUCAUGUCCUUGUACUACUUCUACAUGAAACCUUACAUGGAACAAGCUCUAUUCGCUUUGACCGUUGCUACCAUGCAAUCUUCAAACGAAAAAGUCGCGGCAAUGGCUGUCGAAUUCUGGUCCACCAUUUGCGAAGAAGAAAUCGAUAUCGCUUUUGAACUGUCCCAGUACUCCAAUCCGGGCCUAGAGUCUUACAACUUCGCCCUGGUCUCUAUCCAGGAAGUCGUACCUACUUUGCUACAACUUUUGACCAAACAAAACGAGGAUCCCGAUGAUGAUGACUGGAACGUGGCCAUGUCCGCUGGUGCAUGUUUGCAGUUGUUUGCUCAAAACUGUGGUAACUUCGUAGUAGCGCCCGUCUUAAACUUUGUUGAACAGAAUAUCACAAGCGACAACUGGAGGCAACGUGAAGCCGCCGUUAUGGCCUUUGGUUCCAUCUUAGAUGGUCCUGAUAAAACCCAAUUGACCAGUCUAGUGCACCAGGCCCUACCACCGAUCUUGAAUCUAAUCAAUGACCCUGUUUUACAGGUAAAGGAAACUGUGGCAUGGUGUAUCGGUAGAAUUGCAGACUCCGUUGUUGCUGCUAUAGACCCACAAGAACAUCUUUCUGAUGUGAUUAACGCUUGUUUGAUUGGUUUAAAGGACCACCCAAAGGUUGCUACCAAUUGCUCAUGGACCAUUAUCAACCUUGUCGAGCAAUUAGCGGACACUCCAUCUUCUCCAAUAUACAACUACUACCCAGUAUUGGUAAGUGCGCUAUUGGAGGCCUCGAACAGAACGGAUAACGAACAUAAUGCAAGAGCUUCAGUAUUCUCAGCAUUGACCUCUCUAGUGGAGUUUGCUAAUGAUCAAGUAGGUGAGACUACGACAUCAAUCUCUACCUUCGUCUUGGAUAAGCUAGGCCAAACCAUGCAAGUGGAUGAAGCCCAACUUACAGCCGAGGAUAGACAAAACCUCCACGAACUACAAUCAAACAUACUUUCCGUGUUGGCCGCGGUAAUCAGAAAGAAUCCACAAUCGGUUAACCCUGUUGCUGAUAUGUUAAUGGAUCUUUUCAUGAAGCUACUAAGUAAAAGUGAUACUACCUACGUGGAGGAUGACGUGUUUUACGCUAUUUCAGCCUUAGCUUCCGCACUGGGGAAGCAAUUCCAAAAAUACUUGGAAACAUUUUCCCCAUACCUAGUAAACGCACUAAAUCAGGUCCAAUCCCAAGUCUGUAUUACUGCAGUGAAUUUGAUUGCAGAUAUUUCAAACUCUUUAGAAGAUGACUUUAAGAGAUUUGCACCCUCUUUCAUGAACGUUCUUGGACAGAUGCUUUCUUCUCCAGAUGCAAAGAAGGAAUUACAACCGGCUGUUCUAUCUGUUUUUGGUGACAUUGCUACCAAUAUUGGAUCCGACUUUGUUCCAUACUUGUCCCAAGUGAUGUCUGUGUGUGUCAUUGCACAAAACUAUAAGCCAAACUAUAAUUCCUCAGAUGCCCUUGACUAUCAAUACAAACUAUACGAAUCAAUCUUGGACGCAUAUGUUGGUAUAAUAACUGGGUUACAUGAUCAACCGGAUGCUUUGUUCCCAUACACUGGUUCUAUUUUCCAAUUUAUCAACCUGUUGGCCGAUAAUCCAAGUGUUUCUUUGGAAGAAUCUAUUGCAAGAACAGCAGUAGGUAUUGUUGGUGAUAUUGCCGCAAUGUACCCUGACGGAAGACUAAAACAAUUCUAUACACAACCAUGGAUGACAAAGUUCAUCAAGGAUGUCAAGUCUAACCAAUCAUUUGCACAAACUACAAGGGACACUGCUAGAUGGGCCAGAGAACAACAAAAGUUGCAAUCCAACUUGUAG